GAGGUCUAUUUCCAAAAUCUAUAAAGUGGGACACCACUCCAGAAACUUGCUAUAAAUAUCCUUUACCUUUCUUUACGAUCCAAAAUUUCAACUUCUCCUUUUUCCCAAUUUCACUUCUCCACCACUCCCACACACUCGCUUUUGCUCCAUUUCGCAGUUUCUGUUAAAAGACUACCAUUUGUUGUUGUUGUUGUAGUAAUCGGUCCUCUUUUUAAUUGUUUUCUGACCGGAACUUGAAAACCACAAUAAUGGUCGACGUAGACCGGAGGAUGACCGGACUGAAUCCGGCUCACUUAGCCGGCCUCCGCCGUCUCUCCGCCAGAGCCGCGGCUGCAGCACCCUCCACUCCGGUUCCUCCCCGUAAUAGUCUCCUUUCCUUCUCCUCCCUUGCUGAUAAAGUCAUCUCUCACCUCAAGACCUCCGGUAUUCAAGUCCAGGCUGGGUUAUCUGACGUGGAGUUCGCCAGAGCUGAAGCUGAGUUCGGGUUUGCUUUCCCACCAGACCUGAAAGCGGUUCUCUCCGCCGGUUUACCCAUCGGACCCGGUUUUCCUGAUUGGCGCUCCACUGGUCCGGCCCGGUUCCAGCUUCGUGCUUCCAUUGAUCUACCCAUUGCUGCUAUCUCUUUCCAUAUAGCUCGUAAUGCUCUGUGGUCUAAGUCUUGGGGUCCUAGGCCAUGUGACCGUGAAAAAGCUAUCAGGAUUGCUCGAAAUGCGCUCAAAAGAGCUCCACUUUUAAUACCCGUUUUCAACCAUUGUUACAUUCCUUGUAAUCCUUCUUUAGCUGGAAAUCCUAUUUUCUACGUGGACGAGAAUCGGAUUUUCUGCUGCGGAUUUGAUUUAUCAGAUUUCUUUGAUCGUGAAUCAUCUCUGUUCCACCAAAGUUCAGAUCCUCAGAUUCUCUCUAAACAACGCUCUCUAAGUGAAAAAACAGCUGGUUCAUCGUCCAAUUUUUCACGAAGGAGUCUCGAUACGUUCUCCGGUGGUCGGACGCCGCGUUGGGUGGAGUUCUGGAGCGACGCCGCCGUAGAUCGGAGGCGUAGGAACUCGAAUUCGUCGUCUUCAUGUUCGUCCUCGCCAGAACGGUACUUCGAAAUGCCAAAGUCUGAAAUGCCGAAAUGGGUCGAUGAUUAUGUGGAUAAAAUCGGGUCUGUUUUGAGAGAAGGGGGGUGGGAUGAAUCGGAUGUAAAGGAGAUGGUACAAGUUUCAGCAUCUGGAUUCUUCGAAGGGGAAAUGAUAUUGUUGGAUAAUCAAGCAGUUUUGGAUGCUCUCUUGGUGAAAGCGGAUCGGUUCUCGGAUUCGCUCCGUAAAGCCGGGUGGAGCUCCGAAGAAGUUUCUUACGCGCUUGGGUUUGAUUUUCGACCGGAGAAAAAGGAGAAGAAACCGGCAAAGAAGCUGUCACCGGAGUUAGCGGAAAGAAUCGGGAAAUUGGCUGAAUCGGUAACUCGUUCGCGGUCAUCAUCAUAGAAUCGGUUUACAGGCUACCGGCAAACAUCGAGAUUCCUUUUUUUUUUUUCAUGUUCUUUUUUAGAUUGUCGUAACCUCGGGUUUGGUAUAUGCCUCUGUUUGGGCACAAUUGAUAAAGGUAGCCAAAAAGAAAAAAAAACAAAUACGCGGGUUGAUGUAUUAUUAAAAGUACAAAGAAAUUCAAAGGUGGAAAAAAAUACGAGAAAGUGUAUUAAGUUCUCUUUUACUUUUUUC